AUGCUAGACUUCCUCAAACGCGCCCUGCGUAAACCACGUGCAAACGUGUACGGUCUAGACCAUGCCGUCCUCAACAUCCAGCUUCCACAACAGAGUAUGUGGAUGAAUAUGGGGUAUUGGGAGUACACAAACGACUUCCCAGAAGCCUGUCAAGCGCUCCUAGAUCAGGUUCUCACGGCUGCGCUGUCAACGGAGAAGGCGGCUGCCUUGAGAAUCCUGGAUGUAGGGUGUGGCUGUGGUGAUCAGUCAUUGUACCUGACGAAAAUGUUUGACGGCUCUUCCUCUACAUCCCAGUCCGGUCCUGAAUCUGGGACUGGGGCCAGGACGGCAACCCCCGCCUCUGUCAUCAGUACCCAGUCAGAUAUCCAACCACUGGACUCAGGCCUGCGGUCUCGCCACAGCAAGAUUAAGCCACAAUUUCCCUCUUUGCUACGCCUAGACUCCUAUAUCGGAAUCACGCUGGAGCCUGCACAGGCCGCGCUCGGCUCAAGCCGCAUUCGCCGUAUGGAGCGAGACAGCGAGGAAUUUAUCCAGGCAGAUAUCUUCUGCGCGGAUGCCGCGGUCCCGAGCUCUUGGACUGGGGCGCUGAGGAAAUCAAUCAUUGCCCUCGAAGACGCGUCCACCAAACAAAAUGAAAAUGAAGACACAUCCACCUGGCUCCUGGCCCUAGACACAAUGUAUCACUUCCGCCCUUCACGGCUACCUCUCUUAACCUAUGCACACAACUCCCUCAGUGCCUCGUUCAUGGCCUUCGACAUGAUACUAUCUAACAGUAUAACCUGGUACGAAAAGAUCCUCCUCCGACUCGUGUGCUGGUGCACGAACUCACCAUUCGGGAAUUUCAUUUCUGAGAAGGAAUACGUGGAGCUACUCGUUACCGCUGGGUAUAAUCCUACUUCUAUUGAGAUCCGGGAUGUCUCGCAGCACGUGUUUGGGGGGCUAGCGGGUUUCAUUAAGCGCAGGGUUGAGGAGGCCAGGCCUUUUGGGAUUAAAAUGGGGAAGUAUCGUGCGGCGAGCUUUGUUUUCGAGUGGUGGUCUAAGGGGAGGAUUGUUCGGGGGGUUGUAGUUGUUGCGAGAAAGGAGUGA